GGGAGAUUCACAGACUCUCCGGCUCUGCCAUAGCCUGUAGCCAUGGCCAAACAUUCUUGGCUUUGGAUUUUGGGGCUAGUGCUUGGCUUCUCGACUCGAAGCUUCGUGUUGCCCAAGUUCUCUGCACAGUCUGCACCAAGGACUGUAUCAAGGAUUGCACCAAGGACUGCAAGGAUCUCAAGGACAGCAGUUGGCUUAUCUUCGUUCAGUACUGGUGCCACGUUGCUGGAAAAGAUCGAUAAAGAUCGCAGCCUUGGUCCUCUAGAAGAACUUGGCUGCGAGGUGGGAAUGCCAGAUGUAAAUGACUUGCCAGAGAUCACUGCUUUAAUGGUCGAAUGCUUUGAUCGUACCCUCGAGAAAAAGCGUUGGGAUGCAGACAAGAUGGGACCAUUUGGUGGCUUGGCUCAAUAUGCAAAUGCCUUCAUUGACCAAAAUGAAGUCAACGGGAUUGCAAAUGGAGUCCAAAUGCGACUAGAUUCGACUUUGCAGCUCCAAUCACUGCGUCGGCCUAUCAAGCAAGAUCAAACUGUAGCUUUGGUGGCACGAAUCAAACAGGGAGGUCCUCUCAUCGCUUAUGUUGAGAUUUGUAUCCUUCCAGAUGAUGGGCGCAGACCGGAGACUGACAAUGGCAAGAUGCAAGAGGGGACUACCCGACAACCAUAUCUUAGCAAUCUCUGUGUUGGCCUUCCAUACCGAAGAUCUGGCAUUGGACGUGCAAUGCUGGCGUUGGCAGAAGAUGUUGUUCGAUUCAUUUGGAAAGAUGAACGGAUGUACCUUCACAUUGACAACUAUGGUCCAGCGAAGAAACUGUACGAGUCCGAAGGUUUUGUUGCUACUGGCCCAACAGAUUCAGAGGAUGUGACGCACAUGAUGAAAGAACUUCCAGCCUUAGAGGAGGAAGAGAUAGAGGACGACUCUGAUGAAACUUACUAUGAUGAUGGUCUCGGUCUCGAAGACAGUGAUGAGGCUGACACAAAUGUGAAGGCAUUGCCAGAAGCGCCGCAAAGCUUAGAAAGCCAAGAGGAGGAGGAGAAGGUUGAAGGUGAAGAAAACGAGGAGAAGGAAGAGAAGGAAGAGAGGGAGGAGAAGGAGGAGAAGGAGGAGAAGAUUGCAUGACCGAAUUGUUUUAACAUUUUUCCGCUGCAUCUUCAUCCGUGCAGGACCUCCUCCAAUACAUUCAGAAUUUCCAUAGAUGUGAUGCACUUGGAUCCUCAUAUUCUAGACUGACUAUAUA